AUGGAUAUCGACGAUCAAACACUCUUAAACGAAAAUCGAGGACCACAGGUCCUAGGCGUGAUCUGGAGCUUUUCUUUGGUUGCUAUCAUUGUUGUUGGUAUCCGACUUUAUACCAAAGGAAGAAUCCUUCGACGUCUCACCAUCGACGACUAUACUAUUCUUCUUGCACUUGUGAGUGUGCCUUUUUUUCAAUUACAACCCCAAAUGUAGUCUUGAGAACUUCAGCUCAUUGAUUUAGGUCUUUGGGAUCAUCAAUAGUGGAUUCCUGACUGUAUCUGUUCAUUGGGGUCUUGGGAAACAUAUCCGUAUUCUUACUCCUAAACAAGCAAGCCAAACAAUUAAAUGGAUGUACCUUUGCGAGGUCUUCUGCAUCAUGUGUCCCGGGUUUGCUCGCAUCUCCUUUGGUCUUCUGAUCCUCUCUAUUCUACCGCCAACGGCCUGGAGGCGACGCUUCGUAUGGACGGUCAUCAUGACCCAAUUCGUCGUUGAUAUAGGAACAAUUAUCAUCAGCUAUGCUCAAUGUCGCCCAGUAAACCGGUAUUGGAAUCUCGAAGUUCAAGGAACAUGCUGGGAGCCGGUAGUCCAGCAAUAUACGGGAUUUUUUCAAGGCUGUGAGUGUCGCCUCGAUAUAGUUUGA